GGAAAAAGUAUGGAUGCAGGUGUCAGAGUCUGCAUAUCAGGAACAUCACACAAAGUAUGAGGAUCUUUUCAGGCCCAUGAUGAUCAUGGGAGACAGCAUCUACAACUUCUAUCGAAGUGCCACAGAUUCUGGUAGCAGAACAGGACAGAGACAUCUUGCAGAAAAAGAAUACUACAUAUAUAUCACAACAUCUUCAAAGAAAAUGAGGUCCUCCACUAUGGGCUACAAUUCUCAG